CGACGGGCGCAGGACCGGCGAUGGGGCGGCGCGCCGCGCGCUGAGGGGCCGCGGGGCCGGGACUGCAGGCCCGGCUGAAGCGAAGGCAGGACGCAGGGGUUGCUCCGGGAGGGAGCUGCAGAGAUUCGUUGCGACGGCACGGCCAAAAUCGAGCGCUGUGCUUCCAGCGGCUGCGAACUGGGCGGGCAGAGGCUGGGUGCGGGUCUGAGGUGCUGGUAGGAGCUGCUGCGUGCGCCUGCGAGAGCUCCUGGUGCUGAGACACAAUGGGAGUAAAUGGAGCGGCUGUUUUUCUCUCUAUUGUUUAAACUAGCUUGGCUUCUGAUCUAAAAAGCACGGAACUUUUUAUUGGAAGACAAGGGGAGGAGCCAGGCGCCCCGGACUAUAAACUCCAGCACGAGUUUAUUUUCCCCCUCCUUCGCUUUGACUCAGUUCGGGAUGCUUUUUAAGCUGGGAGCAGCGGUUCCAUCGGCGGCGAUGGACUGAAGGCAACGUUCUCCUCCUGCUGCCGAAGAGAGGGACCAGGAGCAGCAGUGCUGCGGUGAGAGCACGGGGCAGAUGAGAGCGGUGUCUGCGAGGAGGGCGAUGCAGGAAGCCCUUGGCUUUGGCACUUCUUGCUCUCGGAAGUUUUGAUGGCUUCAGUUCUGGUGCAAGGAAAAGCUGCUUGGGUUUGCUGGCAGCUGCUUGCAAGGUCCCCGCGGCAGCGAGGUGCGGAGCUGCGAUGACGACGGGCGACUGCUGCCACCUGCCCGGCUCCCUGUGCGACUGCCCUGGCGGCGCUGCGCUCUCCAAGUCGGUGGAGGAUUCGGACAUGGGGCGGCCGCAGUUCGUCACCCAGGUCACCGCCAAGGACGGCCGCCUGCUCUCCACCGUCAUCAAGGCGCUGGGUGCACAGAGUGACGGUCCCAUCUGUCGAAUCUGUCACGAAGGUGGAAAUGGGGAGGGACUGCUUUCCCCGUGUGACUGCACAGGAACACUGGGCACCGUGCACAAGAGCUGCCUGGAAAAAUGGUUGUCCUCCUCCAACACAAGUUACUGUGAGCUCUGCCACACAGAAUUUGUUGUAGAGAGAAGACCGAGGCCUUUGACAGAGUGGCUGAAGGAUCCCGGUCCCCGCAAUGAGAAGAGGACGCUGUUCUGCGACAUGGUGUGUUUCCUGUUCAUCACUCCCCUGGCGGCGAUCUCGGGCUGGCUGUGUCUGCGCGGAGCUCAGGACCAUUUGCAGUUCAACAGCCGCCUGGAGGCCAUCGGACUCAUAGCACUGACUAUAGCACUUUUUACAAUCUACGUCCUUUGGACGCUGGUCUCGUUCCGCUACCACUGCCAGCUGUACUCGGAGUGGCGCAGGACCAACCAGAAGGUGCGCCUCAUGCUGCCGCCCACCCGCAGCCCCCACCCCGCGCCCCACUCCCUGCUGUCUGCCAAGCUGAUGAAAAAGGCGGCGGAUGAGACCAGCGUCUGAGCAGCUCCUCUUUCAGGGUGAGCAAACGGGGCCGGAUCUGAGCCUGUGGGGCUGAGCUCAACUGGAGGGACUCCGUCCUUUGGCCAACACGGAUCGGGAGCAUCUGCCACGUGGAGCGGCCCGGAGGAGCCGGCUGGCAGAGCAGGGGACACCUAUAGCACCAUACGUGGGAAAUCUCAUAUAUAUAUAUAUAUAUAUCUAUAUAUAAUAUUAUUUUUUAAUGGCCGUGCAUAUUGUGUUUCAGUCCUUUAUGUGUCGAUGUUCUAAGCUUCAGUAUAGAAGCUGGCAGCCUGAUCUCAUUCAGAGGUUAAAUCUAUGCCUUUUCUCCAAACGAAGCACUGCUCGUCGGCCGUCCUUGGGAGCCCCUUCUCCUUUGCACUAAAUUGGUUUUGAUAAUAUUGCAGCCACCUUUCCCGUUACUCUCUGGUCUUUUUUUUGUGGAGUUUCUGUCCUUUCUAGAGAAAGUUGUGUGUUUUUAAUAAUUAUUAUAACCCCAGAAGGAGUUGAAAUGGCGUAAAUGCUGAAUGGAGACGUUUUGUAUUGUAAAGUACUGUAAUUUUGAGAAUUUCAGAAUGAGUUCCAAAACGAGCAAACCUUUUCCUGUGCAGACACGGCCUCAAGGGAUGCUUUCCUUGCAGGUCCUGGCUCAUCCCCAGGACUCGGAUGCUCUCAGCUCUUGGCACGUCCCACAGAGGUCGAUGGAGGGGCUGAGGGUGUGUAGCAAUGACUGAACCCCCCUCAUUUUUCUCUAUCAGAAGCUCAUAAUGGAGCUUCUGGGAAAAAGGGGAGAGCUGGAGUCUUUUUGCUGGUGUCCCCACUCAGCCUUGAGGCCGGACCUCUCGCUGGCAGUCCCUCACAGGGACAUCUCAGCACAUUCCAUACCAGCAGCCAGAGGAGCUGCUGCUGUUUGGUUCAGCCCUGAAAUUGCUGCCUGCCUGCUGUGUGUCCUCCAGCAAAACGAUCCCCACGUCCCAUCUCCAGGGCUGGCAUUCCUCCUCCUCCCCCAUUCACCUGCAUUUCCAGCACAUCUGGCUACCAAACCCUCUGUCUCAUUUCCAUGCCACCAGUGGCAUUCCCUGCCCAUGCAGCUCCACACCGCUGUGCCAUCGAUGCCUGUGUGCAGUGCUGUGCUCACAGACUGUGCCCCUCCUUUGCUGAGCCCACGUGGGUCAGACAGAGCCCUCUGAGAUGGAGCCCUGUCGUUUCUUGGACGCAGAGCUCCCUGUGCCAUUCUUGCUGUUUUUCCUUUCAUGUUCCUUGCCCUUUUUGUUCUUUCCCUCUUCUUGACUCUAGGCUUGAAGUCCCUGGUGGAUACAAGGCAGCACCAUGCCUCUCCCAGCUCUGGGCUGUGUCCGUUUCAUUUCUCUCCCAUCCCAGGACGAUCCGUGCAGCACCUUGCAGCACCUUGCAGCAGCCCCUGCCCGCAGUGUCCAGGUCCUGGAAGUCUGCUGGCAGCACGAGGCUCUCAUUGCUGCUCUCCCCAUUCCCUCCUGCUGCCUCCCCUUCCAUGCAGGUUUGCAGUGGGGCCAUACAGCCGUGGUUGUGCUCCCUCUGGAAGGCUCUGCCCACCCCUGGGUGCCACAGAUCCCCCCCCCAGGUGUUGCCUCCCUCCCAGCCCCUUCCCUCGGCUGUGGGUGCUGCACCACCACGCUGUGCCUUGUCCUGGGUACCUCCAUCCAGUCCCUCCUGACAAACCACAGCCUGGGCACUUGGUGCAGCCUGGCUGCCUCCCAGGAGCUUGGUGUUCCAAUGCGUCCUGGCGGUGCGUAGGGAUGAGCGCUCCCAGCUGUGUAAGGACUCAAAGGAGGAAACCCACUGAUGGUCCAAACACACAGCUGGGAAAGCCAGAAGUCCUCAGUUGGGGCGGAUGGGGCCCUGUGCUGCUGCACAGCCACGGCCUCACCUCUUCUGUAUUGUCUUUAUCGUGGUUGCCAAUCAUUGGAGCUGUUGCAUGUGCCCCUGCGAAACCCAGCAGUGACUCUGAGUCUCCUCCUCCUUCCCAGAGGAGAAGCUCAGCUCAUGGAUGUGGGAAAGCAGUGUCUGACCCAGUGUCGUGGGGGAAACGGGCUGUGCAAUUCUGUAAAUAAAAGUGAGACAAA